GAACGAAAUCAUCUUUCAUGAACAAACCUUCUACAGAUUCGCACUUGGAAGUUAUCGGGAUCUCCUUGAGCACCUGAUCCGAAUCCAAUCAUCCCCCCUCCCCCCUAGGGUUUCUAAAUCGCCUACAUAACUUCACCGUGAAUAUAAUACACAAUGGCGAUGGCGGAGGCUAUGGAGACGGAGAUGGACUUCUCAGACGACGGAGGCGAACAAGCCAACGCCGCCAACAGAGCUUCUCUCGUGGCUCUCUACGGGAACUCCUCAUCCGUCGGAUUAGAGAAACGGAUCGAACAGCUGCCUGGGUACAUCUUCAUGUGUAACGGAAGAACCAAAUCCGAUUGCUUCCGUUACCGCGUUUUCGGGAUCCCGAGAGGCGGGAAAGGAGUGGUGGAGCGGAUCAGGCCGGGGAUGAAGCUGUUUUUGUAUGACUUUGAGAAGAGGCUUCUGUAUGGUGUGUAUGAGGCUAGUGUUGGUGGCAUGUUGGAUAUUGAACCUGAUGCUUUUGAUAGGAAGUAUCCUGCUCAGGUUGGAUUUAGAAUUGUUGACAACUGUUAUCCCUUGCCGGAAAGUACUUUCAAGUCUGCUAUCUAUGAGAAUUACAAAGGCGGCAAGUUUAAUCAAGAGCUUGCUCCUCACCAAGUGAUGUCUUUGCUAUCACUAUUUCGCUCAUUUGCUGCUCCACAGCUCGAUGCAUUACCUCACAGAUUCAGAGCCUCAGCUUCAUCGAGGGAGCUAUCUUUUGAGGAACGGUUCAUCGCUGCUACACAACUUAAAAAGGCUUCUUCGGUUUUAGAUCCUCUGUCUGCCCGCUCACAUCUGCUACAACAUAGCUACUCCAGACAAGAUGGCUACACAACCCCUUUGAGAGAAAGAGGGUAUCUGUCGAAUUUGGAUCAGCCUUAUUCUCCUGCAGAAAGUCAGCAGCCACGGUUGCUAGGAGACCCUUCACGCUCAUCUAUACAAGACCCUCAGCUCAAAUACCUAACCAUUUUAUCUAAUAUCCGGAGAUAUGGAACUGCUCCAGAGUCCUUGGCCUCAGAAAAUGAAUAUCAUCCGGCACCGCCGCCAUCUGAGAAGGAUCAAUUUACUUCACCUUAUUCCGAUAAGAAGUAUUACCUUUCGACAUUACCUGGGAAUGAGCCUUCUUCUGCAUCUGCAGCUAACGGGAGUGUGUAUAGAAGUGAGCUCUAUACUUCAGCGUCACAAAAGGAAGGGGAAACUAGUCAGCAGCAUGAGACCCUUGCUGGGACCUAUUAUCACCCAGAAGCAUCUGCAGUGUCAAUGCAGGCAGUUAAUGUUGCUCAAUCUCAUACUCAGACAGCUGGCUAUCCUACACCGGCACAUGGUGAAUCCCCACAACUAGCUGCCGGAGCAACUGAUUACGCAUACAAACCUCAGGCCAUAACCGGUAACUAUACCACCACUCAUUCACAGCCUGGGAGUGUGGGAAAAAGUACAGAAUCAUAUGCUGGAGCAGUUAGUUACCCACCACAGCAACAUACGCAACUCUAUGCUGGUGGACCCGGAUAUAUUCAACAACCCCAUGAAACUGCGUACGCUCAGCAACCCUAUUCUGCAGCAACUGGGUACGCUCAGCAACCCCAUGCUGCAACAACUGGAUACGCUCAGCAAACUGCGUCAAAUGGGUAUGCUCAGCAACCCCAUGCUGCAACAACUGGAUACGCUCAGCAAACUGCAUCAACUGGGUACGCUCAGCAACCCUAUGAUGCAACAACUGGGUACGCGCAGCAACCCUAUGAUGCAACAACUGGAUACGCUCAGCAAUCCUAUGAUGCAGCAACUGGAUACGUUCAGCAACCCCCAGAUGUAGCAGCUGGGUACGCUCAGCAACCAUAUGGUGAAGCUGCUGGAUACACAACGCAACCACAUGCUCAAGCUCUUGGAUACACAACGCAGUAUGGUGCCCAGGCUGUUGGAUACACGCCUCAAUAUGGUGCUCAAGCUGGUGAGAUUGGAAUGCGAUGAAUCAGUCUUAUUACCACCAAACAGCGGAUACAACCACAACCUAUAAUCAAACAUCUUAAAACUGGCUUGACAGAGAGGACCUCUGUUAACUCUCGUGUACGCACUAAAACAUUGAUCUGGAAAACUUGUGUGCGUGGUGGAGAAGCAUGGAUGCGAACUGGUGCACGCACUGGCAAGAAUGGGAGGAAGACAAUUUUAUCUCUGAUGGGUAACUGCUUCUCCGAAGAUGUCUCCUCCGGAGCUGGCGCUAUAGCCAGCGUUAGUGGAGCUGCUCCCUCCACCUCCACUACCAACGACGCCGUUGAUUACUAUCUCAAGUCUCGUGGUUUCAACGGUCUCUUCUCUCAGAUCGAGCUAUCGUUUUCUGCCUCUAAUUUGCGAGACCGUGACGUGCUCUCCAAGAGUGAUCCUAUGGUGGUGGUCUAUAAGAAGGAAAAAGAUGAAACACUCUCCGAAGUGUUCCGCACCGAAGUGGUUUUGAACUCCUUAGCUCCGAAAUGGAUCAAGAAAUUUACACUCGCUUAUCAUUUCGAGACUGUGCAGACAUUGUUGUUUCGUGUGUAUGAUGUUGACACUCAGUAUCAAAACUCAAGAGAGGAGAUGCUGAAACUUGAUGAUCAGCAGUUUCUCGGUGAGGCAACAUGUGCAUUGUCUGAGAUAGUCACAAAAUCAACUAGGACGAUUCCAUUAGAGCUAAAGCGUAAAGAAGGAUUCGCCGCACAGUCUCAGCCUCGCCAUGGAAAGCUUAUUGUCCAUGCUGAGGAGUGCCUUGCUUCUAAGAUUACAACAGAGAUAGUAUUCAGAUGUUCGAAUUUGGAAUCUAAAGAUCUUUUCUCAAAAAGUGAUCCCUUUUUGGUGGUAUCAAAGAUUGUGGAGCACGGAACUCCAAUCCCAGUGUCUAAAACAGAAGUCCUGAAGAACAAUCUUAACCCUAUUUGGAAACCACUCUCUCUAAGUGUUCAACAAGUUGGGAGUAAGGACAGUCCACUGAUAAUAGAUUGCUCAGACUUCAAUUCCAAUGGCAAACACAGUCUUAUCGGAAAAGUUCAAAAAUCGCUUGCAGACUUGGAAAAACUUCAUUUGGCUGGCCAAGGAAUCAAUUUAUCUCUGCCUACCGGUGCUGGACAAAACAAGGUAUUAAAGAGCCAGCUUUUUGUGGAGAAGUUUACAGAGACUGUUCAGCACACAUUCCUUGAAUACUUGGCAUCCGGGUUUGAACUAAGCUUCAUGGUAGCAAUCGAUUUCACAGCUUCGAAUGGCAAUCCGCGCCUCCCUGAUUCUCUGCACUACGUUGAUCCUUCAGGACGAUUAAAUGCCUACCAAAGAGCUAUAGUGGAUCUUGGAGAAGUGUUGCAGUUCUAUGACUCGGACAAACGCUUCCCUGCUUGGGGGUUUGGAGCUCGUCCUAUAGAUGGUCCAGUUUCGCAUUGCUUUAACCUCAAUGGAAGCAGUUCUUCAUACUGUGAGGUGGAUGGGGUUCAAGGAAUCCUGACUUCAUAUACAAGUGCGCUCUUCAACGUCUCUCUGGCAGGACCUACCCUCUUUGGUCCGGUGAUAAACUCAGCUGCGACGAUAGCUAGCCAGUCUCUAGCUCAAGGCUCACGGAGAUACUACGUCUUACUAAUCAUCACAGAUGGUGUUAUAACAGAUCUUCAAGAAACAAAAGACGCUUUGGUCAGUGCAUCUGAUUUGCCGUUAUCAAUCCUCAUUGUAGGAGUUGGAGGAGCCGAUUUUAAAGAGAUGGAGAUACUAGACGCAGAUAGAGGAGACAGGUUGGAGAGCUCGACGGGGAGAUUAGCUUCACGAGAUAUCGUUCAGUUUGUGGCGCUACGAGACGUGCAACAUGGAGAGAUUUCUGUAGUACAAGCGCUUCUUGCAGAGUUGCCUUCACAGUUUUUGACGUAUAUGAGAAUCCGUAAUAUGAAGCCAAUUCCUCCGUGAAAGAUGGAUCGUGUGUAGAUGUUUUUGCCAAAGAGAAAGUGUACAUAGCAAUAUAUAUACUUUGUACAUUGGCUUUUUUGUAUUUUUAUGUUUUUGUGUUUCUUUUUCGGAAUCUUGGAUGUAAAAAGUUUGGAAUGAAGCAAGUGGUAAUGCAUCAUUUGAUGAUU